AUGUUUAUGUUCUAUUACGUGAAAAUAUAUCUGAACAUCUUUCACGUUCCUCAAGUAUGGUUCAACAUUGCUCAAACACUAUUCAUGUUUUGGAAUGCAAUCAACGACCCUUUGUUUGGUUAUAUACAGGACAAGCCGGGAUCUUGGCUGAAUUCGCGAACGCGUGUGAUUCGCUCAUUUGCACCUUUUUUGGUCAUUUCGUUCGUGUUUAUGUGGGUGCCAUGGUCGGAGGGUUCAGCUCUUGAAGGCAUGCAUCUCAUCCUUUCGCUGUUUCUGUACGACGCAUUCUUCAGGCAUGAAACUUUUUAUUAUCAGAGUUUUGGUGAAGUAGAAGCUUUUCUUUGCCAUGCCAUCGGAGUAGCCUGGGGCGCCUUGUUCGCGGAUUCCACCAAAGAACCACGUCUUCGUGUUGCAGCGAUGAAGUAUAGUCAAAUUGCAAUACUCGCUUCAGUCAACAUCAUCGCUAUCACCGAGAAACUUAGCCACAGCCUCGACGUGAGUCAGUUUGAAGCUUAAAA